UUGUGGUUUUGAAUGAGGAAGAAGCGGGAGAUGUUAUUCUUCAACGAGUUUAUUUACAAUUUAUUGUCACGUUAAGGAUAUAUAAAUGAGUUCGGGUGUAACCCAACAUGGUUUUCGUUUUCCUGAACGCGUCGGUUGCGACUUAUCGCAUUCCCGUUGUAAUUUAAACAUACUUUCAUAAAUUAGCCGUGUAGCUAACAACGUUAGCUAGCAGGGUAGUUAGCCUAGUUUGCUAGUUAGGUAGCUAGCUAAUUGUAAGCUAAAUAUCAGGCGAUUUUGCGAGUGUUCGUGUGGUAAUAAAAUGGCAUUUGUUAGGAGUGUUGGUGUUUGAAGCAGUCUCGGCUAAGUUUCCCCGGUCGAAACAAAGCACAUUAGCUUAAUUGGGUUUGACUACACUGGCACUCAGGCUGACUCAAAUCAGUGACAGCGAUUUGUCUUGAAACUAGCGCCGUUAUUUCCAAAACUUUUGAGCCAUGUUGAAUAAAAUCUGCGAAUGGAUAGAAACGAGCGUUGCCAGUCUUCGCAAUGGUGUACCAGCUGCCGAACACCCACAUGCUCAAGGCACACCAAGAGAUGGUCAGAUGAGGAGGAAAAGACCCUUUGAAUGUUUGGAAGAUGGCCAUAACAUCGACCAAGAUGGCUUGGUGAUAAAGAAAUCACGAAUGGGGGAUCUUAUCGACACAGUCAAGAAUGCAGCUGAAGGGGUUAAGAAUCACAGCUCCAAUGUGGCUGCAUGGAUGAAGAACAAUGUAAGUCCUGCCUUGAGGAAUAUGCUGACUACCUCCCCUGGUUUGCCACCUGAAGAACCUCAUCCGCGCCCCUCAACAUCAUCAGCAAUUUGGACAGGGAGGCCGAUCCUUGACAGGAAUUCUCAGAAUGAGACAUUUGCUGCUCCCUCAACAACUUUGGAGUGGAAAACGUCAAAAUCUGAGUGGUUGCGUAAUGAGAAGUCAAAUACGGGAUCAAAAGUUUGUAGACGACAAGUGUGCAUGAGUCCUGUGCAUCGUGAGGUGCCAAAAACAAACGGGCAUUCGGUUAAUUUGCCACCCUCCAUCACCCCUAAAUGGCAGCCUUCUCCAAGGCUAGGCAGGCCUUUAAGUCUCCGAACGCAUGGAACUCAAAGUUCGUGUAGUGGAGUAGGUGCAACAAGCAGCUCUUGCACCAGCAUGUAUGAGAAGACUUUUCCCAUCAAAGUGGUGCAGAGCCCAACACACAGUACCUCAUCAGGCCGCUUAACCAAGACCAGGCCCCGCUGCACAGCACAGGAGUCUGUUCGAGAGGAGGAGAAGGAGGUCUACAGGCAGCUUCUUACUAUGGUCUCUGGUGGUCAGUCGUCUUAUCUUCACAACGGCAGCUCACACACUAUUGUGAGGUCUCACAGAGAUUUCACCAGCUUCCUGACCACCAGCCGCAGACUGCUGCAGUUCUCUUCUCCAACUGGGUCAGCAGCAGGAGAAACUUCAGAGGGGCCCAGCAGUCCCGCCAGCCCCAGGGGAGUCUCUAGCCAGUGUUCCAGCAACCUUCCCAGUCCACUGGGGGCCCCCAGCAAGCCAGGGAUCCAGACAUGGUCCCUGGACAGGGACCUCAGUUCCGGCAGAGGAGCUACUCUCAUAUCAACUCCUUCUCCAUCAGCUCUGCAGGAUAACUCUUCUCAGGACACACAGUCAUCAGCUCAUGAUGGCGACUCUGUAAUUAUUGUAGAUGAGCAAAAAAGUAAAAAACAAGACAGCUUGAGUGUGCCAUGUUUCCAAGCUGAGUUAUGGAUCAAAGAAUUGACAAGUAUGUAUGACUCCCGGGCGAGGGAAAGACGGAGACAGAUAGAAGAGCAAGAAGCUCUCGCUGCUCAGUUGCUGCAGCAGCGCCUGUCUGACGAGGAGCAGCGUAGCCCAGAUGUCGAGGUCUGUGUUCGAGUUCCUUUGGAGAAAGAGCUUCCUUUGAGUCCUAUCAUAAAAGAAGAGACGUCUUUGGAAGAGAAACCAGAAUUCCCUGAACUUACAGAGGAAAUGGAGGCUGAAGUGAACAGGGUGCUGAGAGGGGGCAAUCCUCAUGAAGUGUUAAGCGAAGGUUUUGGUCUCAGCCUUACACGUAAAGACCUGCAAACCCUGAGCAACCUCAACUGGCUCAAUGAUGAGGUGAUCAACUUCUACAUGAACCUGCUGGUUGAGCGCAGCAAGGAUUCCAACAUGCCAACAGUCAAUACGUUCAACACUUUUUUCUAUCCCAAGCUGCGCAGCAGUGGCUAUUCUGCUGUCCGCCGCUGGACCAAAAAGAUGGACAUCUUUUCUAAAGACAUCUUGUUGGUUCCUGUCCACUUGGGGGUGCACUGGUGCCUUUCUGUGGUGGAUUUUCGCAAGAAGUCCAUCAUGUACUUUGAUUCUAUGGGAGGAAACAACGAUAAAGCAUGUGAAAUAUUGUUUGAAUACCUGCAACAGGAAAGUAAGGACAAAAAAGGCAAAGAACUGGAUACCUCAGGCUGGAUUCUGCACAGCAAAACACGCAAUGAGAUCCCUCAGCAAAUGAAUGGUAGCGACUGUGGAAUGUUCACAUGCAAAUAUGCAGAUUACAUUACCAAAGACAAACCAAUCACUUUCACGCAGAAACAUAUGCCAUAUUUCAGAAAAAGGAUGGUUUGGGAGAUUGUAAACCACAAGCUGUUGUGAUGUGAGGAUGACAAUUGUGAAGUUGUACAGUUGCCUCACACAUCUUGAUGAUGGUUGAGUUUUACUCCCCAGGAAAAGACUCACAGAUGGGAGACUUGAAUUCUGGGAACAACUUUCACACCAGCUCAUCUGAUCAGGAACCAGCUCAGCGAUUUCCAUCCUCGGCUAAAAGUAGCUGAAAGGAUGUUGCUGGAGCAACAAAUCACUGCCUCCAACUUCUACAGUUUUUUUGUGUAUGUGUCAGACAGCAGCUCAAACGCUUUGAUUUGUAUGUUCCAGUCAGAACUGUUUUUGAAAUUACACUUGUGCAAAUCAUACUCUGAAGUGGAAUGUUCAUUACAUGUUUUUGUGCCACAAUCAGUUGUCAUUGAUCACUCAUUGAUUAACAUGUACUGUGUUAUCAGUAAAAGUGAAAAAAUUGUUUCAAAAGCAGAUUACAUUCCCAAAUGCCAAAGUCUUUUUUUUCCCCCCUGAUCUUCACGCAUGAGAAUUCCACACAAUGGUGGGACAAUAUGGUAGCACACACGAGAUUACACACAUCAGACAUAGUGUUGCUAUUAAAAGUGCUCAGUUUGUUUCAGGCAGGCCUGCCUGGAUAAAGCAUGUGGAAUAUUUGACACCCAUUGGUUUGCUACACAUUCUCCAGUUACCUGCUGAUACACUGGUUUUCUGUUAGGGAUCUGGAGCUUAAAGACAUUUGGAGGUCUGACUUGGACUUUUGUGUUACUGCAUACAGCUUUGCUGUAAUGUCUACAAAGUUCAGGGUUGCAGCUUAUGUGUGACAACAGCUGUGUGGAUUUUACUUUAAUAGUCUGUGUUUGGGCCAGAGAAUUUUGAUGUUAUAAGGUGAAACAUUUCACUCAGUUCUUUAUGACAUUUUAGUAAAGCUGAGAAAUUAAUGUGACAUAACCUCAGAGUAUGAUUUAGAGUGAAAAAAAAAACAUUGUUUCUCCUUGACGCUGGUUUGCAGGUGUAACCAAACAAUUACACCGUAAGAGAGUACGGUAAAAGUUUUGUCAUUUGUUUAUCCAGUUUUCUUGAUGGUGUAAAAUAAGGUUAAAAGUCUAUUUUAUGUAUUUCAGUGUCCUUUUGUUCAACAACCUUUUGGUAUAUUCAGUAUAUUUUGAACUUUGUAUAUACUUAAAACAUAUACAGCAAACAAUGUAAAAUACUUUUUUUAAGAACGUAUUUCCUAUCUAUUUUAUCUAGAC